AUGCUCAGUGAGCUAAAAAUCGCACUUAAGAAGUGGGAACGUGACUUUGAGCGUGGUAAUGGAAAGCCUCCAACCCAUGAAGAUAUUAAGUCAUUUCCAGAGAUUAAACAGAAGUAUAAGCAGUAUGCUUUGUUGAAGAAUGAAAGGCGCGGUUCGCUGAAAAAAGCUGAAGAAACCCCGAGAAGAGGUGAUGGCGGAAUUCUUGAACUUGGUCCAACGCCUCAGAUUUAUGGGAAAGCUAUUAGCGUUUUUGAUAUGAAUAUGAGCCCCAAAUCGGAUGCUGCGUUAGAACAUAAUGAUGUCGAUGAGGAAGCGAUUCCAGUGAGGCGAAACCUUAACCUUGGUUUGCAAGAAAGUCCCAAAUUAAAUGCCAAAUUGAAUGCCAAAUUCCCAGAAUAUUCUCCUGUUAAACUUGAUGUUUCUUUGAAGAUGCAUAUAACACCAAGAAAGGAUUCCAAAGCAGGUGGGGACAUUAUAUCUCCGAUCAACAAACAUCACCAAAAGUCACUUGCCACUUUGGCGCGAGAACAUAAGGAAAUUAUGGAGGAAGUGAAAAAUUGGAGCGAUGAUGAGGUUGUGUCUGGCAAGAUUAGAGACGUAUUUGCCGAAGAUCAGGAAACCGAGAGUGAAGUGGAGGAGGAGCCGCAAGAUCAAGAAAGCUUCAGAAAAAAACGCUCCAGGCGGCAUAUACUACGUCCAGCAAAGCAGUUGCAGAAGUUGCAAUCUGAAACUGAACCACAUCUACCUGACCUGCACGAGACAAUGGCACAAUUGAAAAAUGGUGCCACCACUGUAUUAACUACGCCUGCGUCAACUACCACACCACUCUCAUCUCGCAAGUCCAAUAGAAAAUCAAAAUACAAUUUGGUGAGUAACAAUUUCCGGCGCCUCAAAUUACCCAAAGGCAAAGGCAAAGGCAAUAGGCGGUUUGGUCGUAGGCGUUGA